CCUCAAAUUAUCUUUUUAUAUUUCUCUCUUGUUGCCACCAGCCAGUUCAGUCUUGGCAAGCACCCAUGUUGUUUUGUUGUUUUUGUCGCUUCGUUCGCUCGCGGGUUGCGACCAAAAGCAUCGCCAAAAGAUCACGCUCCCCACCUUCUCUACUUACAACACAACGCCUACUCCGAACUACCAACGAACCCUUACCACAAAAGAAACCACCCCAGACAAAGUACCUAACACAGCAUGGCCGACGAAGAGCCAGACUUCUCUUCCCUCCCACUCGUCGACAGAGCAGUGCACAAGCAAUGGAAGGUCCGCAAGGAAGCGUAUGAGGCGGCUGUAAAAGAGUUCGAGAGCUCGCCAGAUGAGUCGGCGGCGUGCUUCACACCAUGGAUGAUGGACCCGGGUCUAUGGACAAAGGCGGCUACCGAUUCAAACGUUGCCGCGCAGCAGGAGGGUAUCGCAGCUUUGUGUGCUUUCCUGAAAUAUGGAGGAGCAAGUGCUUGUUCACGGACGCGGAGUCAUGUCAUCAGUGGACUGGUGGAGAAAGGUCUUCCCUCGACUCGUGCUGCCACAAAAGCAAGUGCGACCGAGGCGCUGUUACUUCUCGUUGAGCUGGAUACCCCCGCGCCUGUGAUAGAGCAGUUGCUUCCGUUUCUAGCCCACAAACUGCCAAAGCUCAUCGCCGCCACGCUAGUCGCUCUCACGUCAAUCUACUCGGCUUUCGGUGCACGGACAGUAGACCCCAAGCCGGUGUUGAAACAGCUUCCCAAAUUGUUCGGCCAUUCCGACAAGAACGUUAGAGCGGAAUCCACUAAGCUUACUAUCGAACUUUACAAAUGGCUCAAGGAUGCCAUGAAGCCCAUGUUCUUUAAUGACCUGAAGCCCGCGCAACAGAAAGAGUUGGAAGAAGCUUUCGAGAAAGUGAAGGGCGAAUCGCCAAAGGCAGAGCGCCUCCUGCGGUCACAACAGGCUGUGGUGGCUGCGGCAGAGGCGGCCGGGGAGACAAUUGAACCCGAGGUUGAGGAAGAACCCGAAGAGGUUGAUGCGUUCGACCUGGCUGAGCCGGUGGAUAUCAAUGCGAAGCUUCCCGAAAACUUCUUGGAGCAGGUUGCCUCGACCAAGUGGAAGGAUCGGAAAGAUGCCCUGGAUGGCCUCUAUGCGGAAGCGAACGUUCCAAGGAUCAAGGAAGGACACUACGAUGAUAUAAUCAGAGCGCUGGGGAAGUGCAUGAAAGAUGCAAACGUCGCUGUGGCUACCGUUGCUGCGAACUGUAUUGAGGCUAUGGCGAACGGUCUGCGUAAGGGCUUUAUGAAGCACAAGUCAACUGUGCUUGGUCCCGCGCUGGACAGACUAAAGGAGAAGAAGCAGGGUGUUAUCGAUGCACUAGGGAAGGCCUUGGACGCCAUUUUCAACUCGACAUCUCUCACCGACUGUCUCGAAGAUAUCAUUGAAAACACCAAACACAAGAACCCUAACGUCAAGCUCGAGACCAUGCGCUUCCUCAUUCGCUGUCUGCGAACGACAAGGGACGUUCCUUCGAAGCCGGAACAGAAGCUGAUUGCCGACAAUUCUGCACGUCUACUCACUGAUACAUCCGCUCCUAUGCGUGACUGUGCCGCCGAAGCAAUGGGAACACUGAUGAAGAUUAUCGGCGAGCGGGCGAUGAACCCACAUAUGGAAGGCCUGGAUGAGAUCAGAAAGACUAAAAUCAAGGAGUUCUUCGAGACUGCCCAAGUCAAGGCAAAGGAGAAGCCGAAGCCCGUUGCACCUCCGCCAGCGCCAAAGGCACCUCCGAGAAAGCUAGGUUCCAAGCCCGGUUUGAAAAAGAAGGCACCUGCUGCUGCUCCGCCAGCUGAAGAGUACGCCCCGCCCAAGCCAGCAGGGCGAGGGCUUGCUGCUCCUGGAAGCAAAAUGGCACCUAAGGGAGGGCUUGGUGGAUCCAGGUUAAAGAAAGGACCCCCUUCACCGAAGCGAGCUCUGCCACGCGAGUACGAGGAGGAAGAGCCCGCACCAGCUGCUCCGCCGAACAGGUUGGGCGUUGGAAAAGGCUUGGCCGGUCGUCCGUUGUCAAAGGAGCCUUCUGUUGCUGCCGCUCCGGUGAGGGUUGACCCGCAGAUCGCUAUUGACAAGGCAGAACUGGAGGAAUUGAGGGCAGAGCGUGAGAGAUGGGAGAAAGAGAAGAGAGAGGGCCACCUUGAGAGGGCCAAGUUAAUGCAAGAGAUCAACGAUCUUCAACUCCAGAAUGCUCAGUUGAUCGAAGACCACACUCGUGACAACCUCGCCAUCCGCUCCAAAGAGGCACAAUUGGUCCGUGCCCGCGCCGAUGCCGACUCUGCACAGGAGGAGGUUUCCAAGCAGAAGCGCGAGAUCGAGCGAUUGAAGCGAGAACUUCAGCGUGCCGUCAGACCAAGUUCCCCUGCACCCACCGACAUCAGCGACCACAUCAUGCACAUGAAUGGCUUCAAUCACCGCGAGUCAUCUAUGUCACGGAAUAGUAAUAGGAUGAGUUUUGCGUCCACCAACCAAGGCGACGAGAAGGAGAACGGAAGGGCCGGUGCGCUGAGUCCCGGACUGAGGAGCGAGAGCGGAAGGGCCAGUUCGGCGAGUGGCGACCAUGAGAGCUGGAAGAGGGCCGCUGAGGUUACGAGCCAGUUGAAGUUGAGGAUCGAGCAAAUGAAGGCGAAACAAGGAUUGUCGGGCAGGGGAACACCGCAAUACUAAAUGGGUGAACAAUGGGCAGAGAGGAAAGACUGGGCUGAAGGAGGAGGCGUAUGAUGGGACUUCUUUUACAGCGGGUAUGCAUUCGGGUUCGUGUAUCUUCGUUUCGUGUUUUUAAUUGCAUGCAUGGCUGCUGCGCCCUGGGUUUGUUACGGCGCUCAUUGCUGUGCUGUCUGUGCUGUUCAGUACUUGUAUUCGAUUAAUUUGGUUUUCUAAAGUUCUUGGAUGAGAUGCUGUGCACGA